CCUAAAAAGGGCGAACCUAGACGUUAAAGUUUCACGAAACUUUGAUGGUUUUUUAUAAAAUAUAAAUAUUAUUUUUGUAAAAAAGCUGCAAAGGACGUUUGAAAUAGUUUGUACUUUUGGAGUGUUGCUAAUAAUCGUAAUUAUAGAGGUUCAUAAACACCAUAUUUAUCAACGUCAAAAUUUGUGUGUUUACGACCAACUUUAGUUAUUUCUGACAGUUUGCAAAAAUAAAUUUCGUUUUGUUUUGGCCAGAUUGUGAACUCAAAAAUUAAGGAUAGUUAUAUCAAGAGUCUUUCAGUGAUGGCUCUGUCAACACUAACAGAGCGUGAGAGGCUGCUGCGUGUUCUUUACAUUAACUCAGCCAAUUCCAGCUAUGCAGUCGGUAACAUCGAUCUUUACAAGGGAUUUUCCUCAGAAGCAACUUACAGCUUAAUUCACGAAGCUGUCAAAACCAAUUUGGAAGGGCUGUUGUCUCUGAUACAACAAGCUAAUUCAGAUAAAAACUUACCAAACAGGGUUAUUUUAUUUUACUAUUUAGCGAACAUUUUAAACUUGAACGACAUAAGCGAUGAAUCAAAACAUAGGGUUACUUCCCUAGUUCUGGAAAUAUGCCAAAGUGAUCAAGAAUUCUUUGAUUUUAUUAAAUACCAUUCUAAAACUCGCCUCAAAAAAUCUAAGUUAUCCCAUACCGUCAUUAAAGCAGUGGGGAAAUUCUACAAUCGCAAGUCACCUUUAGAACUAGCCCAAUCUUAUGCUAAGUUUAAUCGAUAUCACAAGUGGUCACAUAAGGAUUUAAUCAAGUUAGCCCAUGUCAAAUCUGACACUGCAACUAAAAACAUUGUUAUUAAUUAUAUUUUGAAGCAGACUGAUAGUGAUGCGGAGCCGCAGGAAGCAAAAGAUAUUAUAAAUAGAAUUAAAAAAUCUGAAGAGCUAAGGAAAACAAGUGAUUCCCUAAAAGCAGUUGAAAUUAUCACCGAAUUUGACUAUUCUAUUCACCAAGUAAAUCCUGAUCUGCACCAAACAAAAGAUGUAUGGACUGCGGUUUUGUCAAAUAUGCUCCUCAAAGAAAUUUUGCCAUGUUUAGGAAAAUUGUACAAAUUAGGCCUUCUAAAGCAGAAUUCCCCUGUGCAUGCUUUUCUACUGGAUAUUUUUACAAACGCAGAGAAGGUAAAAGCUAGCGGAGUUCAUCCUAUUGAUGUAUUUUCUUACAUGAAAAAAUUGGAAAAGGGUGGUCGGCCUAUUGAUCCCAAGUUGCUCCAUCAUUUGCAGAAUGACAAGAAACUUUCAGAGGAAGAAUUGAAAAAAGCCAAAACCAGAACGGAGGCUAAAUGCCCUUCUAUUUUAACUGCUUUAGAAAACUGUUUUACAUUGGCUUGCAAAAAUGUAAUCCCCACAAAGAAACGAUAUCUCAUCUCCAUAGAUGUAACUGAGAAAGCAAUGAACUCACAUUGUAUAGGGAAUAAAACCCUAAAUUGUGUUGAAGCUGCUGUUAGUUUUGCUCUAGUUUUGUUGAAAGUUGAGGAACAUGUUACAAUAGCUACAUACUUUAAUGAUCGAAUCAAUAUAAUUAAUGUCCAUAAAGACAUUUCUUUUGCUGACCUGGUGGAAAAUGUAUGUUCAAAAAAGAGCAGUUAUUCUUUAUAUUCAAGUUCAUUUGAAUGGGCUUCAAAGGAGAAUAAGCUUUUUGAUGUAUUUAUUAAUUUUAUACAUCACCGGUUUCGGGAGAACAUUCCCAAAACGGAGAAGUUAUCUCGAUUUCAGACAGAGCCCCUUGAGAAAUAUCGAGAAAGCUCUAGACUACCAGAUGCAAAAUUGGUUAUGGUUUGCCCUUCAUCUCCCAACUUUGUGGCAGCAGGUUCACAGGACAUCCCCAACAUGAUUGAUGUACUUGGAUUUGACGCAAGUGCUUGCAAAGUCAUAGAGUGUUUUAGUAGAGGUACUUUUCGUUAAAUAACUUAUCAAACUGAGAUAUAUUUGUCCAUCCACAAAAGAAGUGUUCAACUCUCAUGCAUAAAAUAUGCGGCAACAUUUUAAGAACUAAAAACAAUUAGGUUAAGGAAAAAAUAGUUGGUAGUAGGAAUUUUUACACUUUUAAUAUCAUCUUAUUCAGAAUAUUAAUAGGGCUGUGUCAUCCUGUGAAAGACUGUUCGCCUAGAAGUUCUGUUAUAUUUCUACUUGGAAGAAUCAGUUAUAUAUAUAAAACCAUUUUGUUCCAAAAAUUAUUUUUUCUAUUAAAAUUUUUUUUAUAUGCUAACUCCUCUUAAAGGGCAUUUUUUUAAUUUUUAAAAUUUUAUAUAUGACCAGUAGCCUAAAUAUAUUUAAUUGUUUUUGGUUACAGUUCAUCAUAGUUUCUGGUCAAGGUGCCUUUUCAAAUGUAAGAAAUAAGUUUCUUGGAAAAUCGCACCCAUUUUGUUCCAAAAAUUGUUUUUCUAUUUAAAUUUUUUUAUAUCCUAGCUCAUUUAAAAGGGCAUUUUUAAAAUGUUGUUUUCCUUACAAUUUUUUUGGUCAAGAUGCUUUUUCACAGUCAAAAAAUAUGUUUCUUGGAAAAUCUCAACCGUUAGAUGCCUUUAUUGAACUAACAAUUUCAGCUUUUUGUAAUAUGUGUAUUAAUGCUGCCAUGAAGUGCUUAGAAAGAGUGGGGACCUUAUCUUAUAUUGUGUAUUAUCACGUUAAAAAUUUGCAUGCACGUCAAAUAGAAUAAAACUUCAUUGUAGCCGUCGAUUUUACUCAGUUAUUUUGUCGGAACCACAUUAAAAAUUAAUUAACAUUACAUAUCUGCAUAACAGUAAACAUAAAUUAUAAUUUAUACCAAAUUAUGGAUAUGUAUUUGUUGACAACCUGUAUUUUCGUAUCUCCCACGAGAUAUUUCACUUUUUUUUCUCUGGCAGAUAAUUUUGUUCUAGGUUAGAUUAGAUUUGAAAGUGCUUAAUAAUGAGGUAUAAUAAUUAUCAAGCGCAAGCUUUUUCGUCACUAAUCUUAGAGAUGUGCCUUCACUAAUAAAAAAAAGUUCUCCUGUUUCAUUCCCUGGACGCAAUUCCGUUUGGUACUCAUUUAUUUCCCGACUCGUUUUUAAGGCUGUGUUUUAUUACCUCAAAUAUUGCGUAAUAUGAUUGAACUGCGCGCGCAUCUCCGAAUUUGGAAUUGUAUGCCCAGGAAUUAAACUGGUUCUUUGUUUACUUUUUGGAGUUGUGUUAAUUUUAUCUAGGAUUUGUUUAACUAAUUAAAAAAUUUAUGAAAAACUGAGGUAUAUCAACCUCGCCAAAAAAAAAAUGAUAACUUUAGGAAAUAAUGGAAACUAUUCUUUCGUUGGUGUUUGCUUUGGCUUUUCAAAUUAAUAGUAACCAAAAAUUUUGAUUUGUCAAUUGUUGUUUGAUGAAAAUAGAAGAAUUAUGUUCACUAAAUGGUCUGCAGGCAAUUUUUUUUAUAACAUUGAUCUCUAAAUAUUUUUGCUCUCGGUUUAUGGAAUAAAUAUUGUUACUCCGUCAAAAGGGAUCCUGUGAUUUUUUUUAGCUUUACAUUUCGUUUCUUUUUUACGAAAAAUAAAAUAAUUG